GGAAGUCGCCGCGGGGUCGGCCCGCUCCGUAAGUCCCAUCCUGACCCGUUCCGUGCCGCUUGGGCCCGGCCGGACCGCGGCGCCUCCAGGCAGCGAGUGGCGGCUGGAGGGACGACGGGAACCCCGGCCCUGGAACCCCGUGUGUUCCUCUGCGGCCCUUCCUCAGGCCCCCCCCAAGCUGCCCUGCGGCCCCUUCGUGACCCUUUGCGACCCGCCCCGCGAGCACGGCUGUGCGCCCCCCCUGUGCCCCCUUCCUGACCCCUCUCUGCUCCCACCUUGACCCCCCACCGCCCGCUUUCUGGCCCCUCGUUCCCCCCCCUUUCCCUCCCCUAUGCCUGCCCUCCCCCGUGCUCCUUCCCCGUCUCCCCCCGGCCUGCCUGUUCCCUAUGGAGAGCGCCAUGGAUUUCCAGCCGGCCCCCGAUCUGCCAGCCAUGGACACAGAAGAAGGGCAGCGCGGUGCCUCCCGACCCACUGCAGCCGACGGGCAGCUGGAGGGGCCCACCUUCAGCAGCACGGCUGUAGAUCAGCAGAGGAGUCCGGAGCCUGGAUUGGGGCCUGCUUCAGCCAUGAACCUUAACGGCGGGGAUGAACAAAGCGGGCUUUGCAGGAACUCAGGAAGAGAGAUGGAAGAGGAGGUGGUGACCACUGGACCACGGGGCCCCACGGACUGGAGGCCGAGAGCUGGGAGCACCUCCCGGGAUACGGGACCCCCCCGCACCCCCAGCAGUGGCACCAUGGAGCUGGACGAGGCGCCUGAGGAGGAGCCCUCGGAGAUGCAGGGUCUGCUGGCCCAGCUGGAGACCCUCAGCCCCAGUCUGUGCAACGCCCCUGACACGGCCCCUGUGGCAGGCAAGCGGGGCUAUGCAGAGUGCCGGGGUGAGUGCCAGCCCUGCCCGCUGCAUGUGGCCACAGGCAGGGGCCUGGCUGUGCAUCCCUGCUGUGCGCAGCACUCAGCCCGCUCGCGGCCCUGCCACGGCUUGCUCUUUGCUGAGGCCGACCGGGAGGACCUGCUGAACCUCCUGUGCUACGAGGGGGAGGUGCCCGAGGCCAACACUGAGACACCCCUGACCCGCUCUGAACUCCUGACCGGGACCAAGCUGGAGAUGCUGCAGACGCCUGAGGAACGCACUGCUGCUGAUGGGCCGGGUGGUUUGGAGGAAAGACCUUCUGGAGGCUGGAUUUGUGGAGAUGGGCUCAGUGAGGACAAACCCACCUGCGAGGGCAGUCGAGACAGCUCGCCAGAGCCAGCCUGGGCAGGAUUGUCUCCUGCUGUGACCCCAGAGAAGAAGCGGCCACCACAAAGCAGUGUGACCGCUCCCAGCCAGUGCUUCACCCUUCUGUUGCUUUGCAGAACAAGGAAUCCCCCUCCUCCUGCCUGGCCUUCAAAGAAGGAGCACAUCUCUCGAGCGCUGAGCCACUUCCUCACAUACAGGAGCACAGCUAACAGGUGGCACGAGGAAACCAGCCCCUGCUUUAGCCCUCCCAGUCUCUCAGUUCCAGGCCCCUGUGACCCAGAGGAUCUGCUGGACGGUGUGAUUUUUGGGGCAAAGUACCUGGGCUCCACACAGCUGGUUUCAGAGAGGAACCCUCCUACCAGCGUCCGCAUGGCACAGGCACAGGAGGCUGUGGACAGAAUCAAGGCACCAGAGGGAGAAUCCCAACCCAUGACAGAGGUGGAUCUGUUUGUCUCCACGCAGAGGAUCAAGGUGCUGACAGCUGACACACAGGAGGCCAUGAUGGAUCACUCCCUGCAGACCAUCUCCUACAUCGCCGACAUCGGCUCCCUGGUGGUGCUCAUGGCACGCCGCAAGCUGCCUCGGAGGGCAGAGGCGGCGGAGGAGAAGCGGCUCUACAAGAUGAUCUGCCACGUCUUCCACUCGGCUGAUGCCCAGAUCAUCGCUCAGGCCAUCGGGCAGGCAUUUGGUGUGGCCUACCAGCGCUUCCUGGAGGCCAACAGCAUCGACCCAAGUGAGCUGAGCCCUCGCCAGUACAGCCGUGCCCUUGAGGACCAGGAGCAGCACAAUGCAGAGCUGACCCACUUCUCCCGGCAGGAGAACUGCAAGGAUGUUUGCAUCCGGAAGCAGAAGGGGGAGAUUCUGGGCAUCGCCAUCGUGGAGUCGGGCUGGGGCUCCAUCCUGCCCACCGUUGUCAUCGCCAACCUGAUGCACGGGGGCCCUGCAGAGAGGUCGGGUGAGCUGAGCAUCGGGGACCGCCUCAUGUCCAUCAAUGGGACGAGCCUGGUGGGGCUGCCCCUCACCACCUGCCAGAGCAUCAUCCGGGAGCUGAAGCACCAGACAGAGGUGAUGCUGAACAUAGUGCACUGCUCCCCCGUCACCACAGCUGUCAUCCGGCGCCCCGACUCCAAGUACCAGCUGGGCUUCUGCGUGGAGAACGGUGUGAUCUGCAGCCUGAUGCGCGGGGGCAUCGCUGAGAAGGGCGGCAUCCGCGUGGGGCACCGCAUCAUCGAGAUCAACGGGCAGAGCGUGGUGGCCACACCUCACGAGAAGAUCAUCCAGAUCCUCACGCAGGCGGUCAGCGAGGUCCACAUCAAGACCAUGCCAGCCUCCACGUACCGCCUGCUGACGGGGCAGGAGCAGCCUGUCUUCCUCUGAGUGCUGCCUGGGCCCAGCUGUCACUGCACGCCCCUGGGGGCCACCGCUCUGCCUGCUGCCCCUGCGCUGCCACCAGAGCCCUCUGGCCCCCGCAGGGCCUCAUCCUGCUCACUUUCAGUUGGACUCAGGACGCGACAGGAGGCUGUGGGCCAAUGCUCAGCUUGAACAGUGUUAGGGCCCGCAGCGACCCUUCUCCACAUCCAUUCACCCCUCUCUGCCUCAGUGCCUGCGCAGUGCUGCCCUCUGCUCCUUAAAGUCCCUCGCCUUGGCCUGGUGCUGGCAGGGGAGAGGGGACCCUGCAUGAAAGGCCGCCCCUUUUUCCAUCACUACGGAUCGUGCUUUCACACUCACCAAAGGUGCCUUUUCCCAGGUGGGGCUGGAACUGUGCUCCAGGGGCUCAUCCCAGGCAAACCUGAGCAGCUCUGCCCCUGCACCCUGAGGUGUGGGUGUACACUGGCACCCCAAGGGAGAGCCAGCAGCCCCCAGACUCAGCCUUAAGGGCAGCAGCACCCUCAGCACCUGCUCCUCCUCCCCAGCUUUGCCAGGGGCCUGCUGGGCUGCAAACAACACCUUGUUGGCCCUGUUGCACUGAGCUGGGAAACUACCUCUGCUUCCUCAGCACUGCCUUGAACCGUUCUGCGUGCACAGUGGUACCCCUCAGGGCUGUUCCUUUGUGCAUCCAAAGGGAACACGGCGUUGCCACGUCUCACAGAGCUUGGGGAUGUGAACCCCACAGACCUGCCUGCAGCUGAGGGCUCCGUGGGGAUGCAUUGUUCACAAGGGGACAGCUGGGACCCUUUGCCCAAGGUGGCCUGUCACAACUUUGCCUGUGUGGUUGGUUGAUGUACAAAAUAAAAGUUUGGGGCAAUGCUGAA